AGCGCGCGGACAGUGGCGGGAGCCCUAUCCACAGAGUUUGUAGAUCACGUGAGGAGGCGGCGACUUGUUAGAGCAUCCUUUCGUCACCGGAGAGAGAGAGCGAGAGAAAGAGAGAGAAAUUAGAAAAGUUGUUAGAGUGAGAGAAACAUGGAUGAACAUCAGCGGUGAGAGCGUGAAACUGCGGCCGCGACAUGAUCGCAUGAACGCGGCUCCGUCUGCGUGAGUGUGUGCGGGGAAAGUUUGAGGACAUGGCGCGGGAAAGUGAAGAACCGACGAAGAAGAAGAAGAAAAAGAAGAAGAAGAGCAGAGAGAACAAAAAGACCCGGAGCGUCCUCCCGAACACUCGGUCCAAACAUGACGACGACGACGCAGAACCGAACCGAGGCUGCGCCGACAACAAGAUCAAAACCACCAAGUACACGGUUCUAUCGUUCCUCCCCAAGAACCUGUUCGAACAGUUCCACAGGUUCGCCAACGUCUACUUCGUCUUCAUCGCUCUGCUCAACUUCGUCCCGGUGGUGAACGCCUUCCAGCCGGAACUGGCUCUGGCCCCGGUGGUCUUCAUCCUGUCCGUGACCGCCAUCAAAGACCUGUGGGAGGACUUCAGGAGACACCGCUCCGACACCGAGAUCAACCACCUGGACUGUCUGGUCUUCAGCAGAGUCGAGAGUGGUUACGUGGAGAAGUUCUGGAAGGAGGUGCGAGUGGGCGACUUUGUGCGACUGCGAUGUAACGAGAUCGUUCCCGCCGACGUCCUCCUGCUGAGCUCCAGCGACCCGGACCGUCUGUGUCACAUCGAGACGGCCACGCUGGACGGAGAGACAAACCUCAAACAGAGACAAGUCGUCCGCAGCUUCUUCGACCUGGACUGUGACUUUAACCCUUUAAAAUACAACAGUGUCAUUGAAUGUGAGAAACCCAACAACGACCUGAACAGAUUCAGAGGCUACAUUAUCCAUGGCAACGGCAGAAGAGACGCACUUUACAAAGAGAACCUGCUGCUGCGCGGCUGCACCGUCAGAAACACUGAGGAGGCCGUGGGCAUCGUCAUCUACGCAGGUCAUGAGACCAAAGCCAUGUUGAACAACAAUGGACCAAGAUACAAACGCAGUAAACUGGAGAGACAGAUGAACGUGGACGUCUUCUGGUGUGUCCUCAUCCUCCUGGUCAUGUGUCUCUUCACUGCUGUGGGUCAUGGUCUGUGGAUGUUUCAGUAUGGAGAUAAGAGACCAGUGUUUGACGUCCUGAGUCCACAGGGGACGGACAUGUCUCCCAUCAUGUCAGCCAUAUAUCUCUUCCUCACCAUGAUUAUCGUCUUCCAGGUGCUGAUUCCCAUCUCACUGUUUGUGUCGAUCGAGAUUGUGAAGAUCUGUCAGGUGUUCUUCAUCCAUCAGGACCUGGAUCUUUACGACGAGGACACAGACUCUCACCUUCAGUGUCGAGCUCUGAACAUCACUGAAGACCUCGGUCAGAUGCAGUACAUCUUCUCUGAUAAGACUGGAACACUGACCGACAACAAGAUGGUGUUUCGCCGCUGCACUGUGGCGGGGGUGGAGUACUCCCAUGAUGCUAAUGCUAAAAGACUUGCGAUGUACCAGGAGAUGGACUCAGAGGAGGAGGAGUGUACGUCACAUGGAGGCACUCUGCCCAGGCGGGACAGUGUUAGCAGCCACCACAGCGCCACAGUGCCCCCUGUGGUUCUGCGCUCACACAGCACCAAGUCCCACCGCAGGACAGGCAGCAGGGCAGAGGCUAAACGUGCUAGCAUCCUGUCCAAACACACAGCCUUCAGCAGCCCAAUGGAGAAGGACAUCACCCCUGACCCUCAGCUUCUGAACAAAGUGAACGAGUGCAGCAGUCAGAUGGACUUGAUGCGUUUCCACAGUCAGCCUGUGUCACAGCUGCCUUCUGACCUCGCUGACGUCAUCGAUUUCUUCAUCGCUCUCACAGUCUGCAACACGGUGGUGGUUUCAUCCCCGAACCAGCCGCGACACAAGGUUCGUGUGAGGUUUGAGUUAAAGUCUCCGGUCAAAACCAUCGAGGACUUCAUCAAACGCUUCACACCGAGUCGUUUGACGUCUGGUUCCAACAGCAGCAGCUCCUCCAGCCUCGUCACCAACCGCUCCUCUAACAGAGGCUGCUCCAGUGUUCUGUCCUCGCCGUCUGCAGACAGCACGCUCACCAAGCUGGAGGAGGAAGCCAUGAUGUCUCACAGUGGCCUGGACCAUGCCUUCAGCCCCGCCCCCCUCUGCUACGACGGCAAGUCAUGGGACCAGGAGGAGGGCGAGCUGCGCUACGAGGCGGAGUCUCCAGACGAGGCCGCGCUCGUCUACGCAGCCAAGGCCUACAAAUGCUCGCUGGUGGGACGUCUUCCUGACCAGGUGACCGUGGAGCUGCCUCACCUGGGGAAGCUGAACUUUGAACUGCUGCACACGCUGGGCUUCGACUCCACCAGGAAGCGCAUGUCGGUGGUGGUUCGACAUCCUCUGACGGAUCAGAUCACUGUGUACACGAAAGGAGCCGAUUCUGUCAUCAUGGACCUCAUCAAACCUCCCAACACAGGAAACUCUAAAGGAAAACGGCAGAAGAAGGUUGUGUACAGGACACAGAACUACCUGAACCAGUAUGCUGCAGACGGACUCCGCACUCUGUGCAUCGCAAAGAAGAUCCUCACCAAAGAAGAGUAUGCCUGCUGGCUGCAGCGCCACCUGGAGGCUGAGACGGCCAUUCAGGGCAGAGAGGAGCUGCUGUUUGAGUCGGCUCUGCGUCUGGAGAACAACCUGCAGCUUUUAGGGGCGACGGGCAUCGAGGACCGUCUGCAGGACGGCGUUCCUGAGACCAUCGCGUCCCUGCGCCAGGCCGGGCUGCAGAUAUGGGUGCUGACGGGGGACAAACAGGAAACGGCCGUAAACAUCGCGUACGCCUGUAAACUGCUGGAUCCUGAGGAGGAGAUUCUGACCCUGAACGCUGACUCACAGGAGAGCUGUGCCUUGUUACUGGAGGAGAGUUUACAUUAUAUCCAGGCCAAAUUCUUCUGCAGCUCCACGGAUCAGGCUGCCAAGACCUUCCACCCUGCAAACCUGGCACCUUUCGACAUCUAUCAGCCUUCGUCCUUGUCCUCCUCCUCCUCCUCCUCCUCCCACUCCACGCCUUUUGUGGUGCACCGGCUGGGUCUGGUCAUCGAUGGGCGGACCUUAGCCUUCGCUCUGGACAAGAGUUUGGAGGAUAAGUUUCUGGCCGUGGCGAGAAGCUGCCGCUCCGUCCUCUGCUGCCGCUCCACACCGCUGCAGAAGAGCAUGGUCGUCAAACUGGUGCGGAACAAGCUGAAGGUCAUGACCCUGGCCAUAGGUGAUGGAGCCAACGACGUCAGCAUGAUCCAGGUGGCAGACGUGGGCGUCGGCAUCUCCGGACAAGAGGGCAUGCAGGCGGUGAUGGCGAGCGACUUUGCUCUCCCACGUUUCCGUAAUCUUCAGAAGCUUCUUCUGGUCCAUGGACACUGGUGCUACUCUCGCCUGGCCAACAUGAUCCUCUACUUCUUCUACAAAAACGCUAUGUUCGUUGCUCUCAUCUUCUGGUAUCAGUUCUACUGUGGGUUCUCAGGCUCAGCCAUGAUUGAUCAGUGGUAUCUCAUCUUCUUCAACCUGAUGUUCUCCGCCUUCCCUCAACUCAUCACUGCCACUCUGGACAAGGACGUGUCAGCAGAGACUCUCCAGCAACUACCUCAGCUCUACAUGACGGGCCAGAACUCAGAGGAAUAUAAGCCAUACAUGUUCUGGAUGAACAUGAUCGAUGCUUUCUACCAAAGUCUGGUUUGCUUCUUCAUCCCGUACUUUGCUUACGCUGACUCUAAUGUGGAUCUGUUUACGUGGGGAACUCCCAUCACCACCAUCGCUUUACUCACCAUUCUGCUGCACCUGGGCGUCGAGACCAAAACCUGGACGUGGAUGAACUGGUUGUCCAUCUUGUUCAGCGUGAUGUUGUUCUUCACCGUCGCUCUGUGCUACAACGCCUCCUGUCCCACCUGCUACUCGCCCUCUAACCCCUACUGGACCAUGCAGCGGCUGCUGCAGGAGCCCGUCUUCUACCUGCUGUGCAUCAUCACGCCUGUGGCGGCACUGUUACCUCGAUAUUUCUACCGGUCGUGUCAGGGGUCACUGUUCCCCAGUCCCGUCCAGGUUGGGAGACAGUUGGACAAACUCCCGACUGAAACUCGCAGGAACAUCCUCAGCCUGAGCAAAAUGAAGGCGGGGUCACCGCUCGCCCACAAGACUCACUUCCUGUCACUCGCCAAAGAGCAGAGCAGCUUCUCCUGCUCCACGUCAGCGGCGACCAAUCACAGCCUAGUGUCACAGAGAGACGAGGAAGCGGACCGGAGAAAGCCGCCGCCCACUCACAGUGACAUCACUGCAGGUUUCUACACUGAAGCAGAGGCUCCGCCCUACACCAAAGACCCUCCUUCAGAGUCUGAGCAGCAGCUGGCUCCUCCCACUGCAGAGUGUCCGGACCAGAACGCUUCCACGCCGCUGCUCACACACACACACAGUGUCCAGCUGACACUGCCCCCUACAGGCGGCUCUCAGUGCGUGAAAUACACCAGGAACCAGGAGGAAAGACUCGACCACGAGAAUGUGACGCCGCACACGCCGCAGGCGCCACUCGCCACCGCGUGACGUCACACUCAGAUUUGCACCAUAGUUGUUUUUUUUUUAUCUAAUUUUAUUCUAUUUUUCAAGCAGAUUGUUUUAUAAAAGAGAGAAAAAGGUACUUUAUAAAGAGAAGAAAACACUUCCUGUUUUUAAACCUCAGUAAAGUUUGAUUGUGAAGAAAGUUUUUACAGAUGAAGACGAAUGAAGCUUCUGGUCAUGUCUUCACAGAAGUGUUACACUUUUCUAAUUCCCCACAGAAACAGUGGCUUUAGUUCACUUUGUUGCUGGAGGUUUUUUUUAUACAAGUUAAAGCUGUUCAGAACAUUCCAGAGAAUAUUUAAUGCAAGCUUUAAAUUUUAUUAUCAUCAUUAUCACGUCAAGAGUUUAAACCAAAACAUCUCUACCAGAUAUGAUGCUCUCUGUGUGUGUGUGUGUGUGUGUGUGUGUGUGUGUCUGCGUGUGUGUCUCCCUGUGUGCGUGUGUGUGAAGAGUUAGUUCAGUUAGCUGCUACAGUUCCUCUAAAGUUCACUAAUGAAGUUGUUGAUUCUCAUGUUUUGGUUCAGAUUAAAACAGAUUUUCCAGGUCUGUUUACAGUCUGUACCACAGCCAGCCAGCAGGGGGCGAGCUGCAUGUUUUCAUCUGAAUGUUGCAGAGUGACGUCAGUCUUCUGUAAGAAAAUCGUGUUGUUCUGCGACAAACAACAAUCGUCAUUCCUCAUUUUUCGUUUACUUUAUUGUUUCAGCUGAAAAAAACAAAAUGUUUUUAUUUUUCUCCCCACAUGUAACAGAUGAGGCUUUAAAGGAACAGUUCUGGUUUUCUUAGUGGUUGAAAAAGUUACUGAAUAAAAGUCUUACUUACUGCACUGUGAGCGCCCCCUGUUGUUAAGAACCUGCAGCAAAGUCAUCGUCCACUCAAGAACAAGAUUUUAUUCUCUUAACAAAAGACUAAAUCUACGUCAGUCUAAGUCUACGAUAUCUACGUCACAAAAAAUCACUGAUGUUCUUAAGAUAUCGUAGAUUUAAACAGAGAACAGCAGGGGGCGCUCUCAGCACAGUUUUCUCUGUCAGUACCUCAAACAUUUUUCACUUCAAAAAAAUCUGAACGUUCAUUUAAAGAUAAAUUUGCACUUUUUUGGCCGUGUCGUUGAAUAACGAGUUAAAGUUAAAGCAUAUUUUUGCUGAUUGUCGUUAAUUAAAGCGUAAAACAGCAGCAGCACCUUUCAAUAUUUGAUGAUUGUUUGUUAUGUUGCAGUUAAAGUGUUUCUUUGACCAAAGAUCAUUUAUAUUUCUGUGUUUUCUCAGCAAUAGCUUGUGCUUUAAACACUGGAUUUAAACAAAGACAUUAACACGCAAAUCACACGAUAAAAAAUGGAAAAGAAGCAAGCAAAACUAACAUCGUUCGCUUCAGUCGCUCACGUUGAAAUAUUUGCUUAACAGCGUUAACAUUGUGUUGUGUUAAUGUAUAAUGUCGUGUAAAUGCUGUGUUAACGUUCUUUAAACUCUGCGUUACCAUGUCAACAUCACAUUAACAUAUUAACAUGGCGUUAACGUCAGAAACACGUGUCACUGUCGCACUUUACCACGAACUUGCUUGAGAAACGUGACGUGAAAAGAAUUUGCAGGUUGUGAGCGCAGUGUCCGAUGCUGUUAAAACCUGACAAGGAGAGUUCGCGUUUGUUUCUCUGAUUAAAUGUUUUUCACAUUUACAGAGAAAAUAUCUGAUUUUAAUUUGUCAUUUUUUCUGUUUUUUUUUUGUUCAUGUUACACAUUUACACGUUAAUGUUGAUGAGUUUUUUUUUUAAAAAUGAACGUGAUGGCAAUUGUUUCCGGUUUAUUCAAAAACAGCUGGUUUGGGACCAACAGCCAAUCAGAAAAGAGCAGACACAGCCUGACCCUUGACCCUCACUGAGGAAAGAUUUUAUCAAUUUUUGUGAUAAUUGUUGAAAAUCUUGAGUGAAUCACCACAAGGGGGAGCUGCAUGUUUUUAAUCAUUUCCGAAACUCCUCUUUUAUAACGAUCUUAAAACUGACGUUUUUGACUCAAAUGUUGGUUGUUUCACAAACAUUAUUUACCGCUUUAUCCUCCAGAGGUUCGGGGGGGGGGGGGGGGGGGUUGGGUGCUGUGCCAAUCUCAAUAAAUGUUAAUAUUGUCACAUGUUUAUUAGCAACAGUAGCUACACUUUGCAACCAAUAAACGCUGCGCCUUCAGCUGUCCCUCUGGUCAAAGCCCCGCCUCUUUCAAACACUGGAUGUCCUGGUUUUCAUUUUGUUUUCAUCUUUAAACGUUUGUGUUUAUGAAACUGGAAAAACUUCAGUCAACAGCAGUGACACACACACACACACACCUCAAACUCUUAAUAUUCAAACUUCUUUUUGUGAAGAAAAUAAAAACGUUAAAGUUUUAA